GUUUCUUGUUUGUGCUGCUUUGCUUGUACACAUUGAGGGACUCAAGAACGGGAACCACGCCAUUUCCCGACUGGCCGUCAUCCUUGGCUGGAAUCCGGGUCCAUGAUUCAGCCACGGCUCCAUCCGCCUGACUGCCGCUCGUGCUGAUGAUGACCACGCACAGCACACAUUCCACUUGCAGCUUAUCAUCCCCCACCCCCGCACGUUGCAGUUCGAUCUCUUUCCUCUUUUCCUCUGUUGUCGCGCCUUCGUUCGAAGAGCAUGACAGGAAUCUUUACCCCUCCUUUUAAUUGUGACUAUCGCCAGUGUUUAGGACCAGGGACGUACAACUAGAGGUAAUCAGCAGCCGCUUGCUCAACCGUCAUCAUUCCUACUUCCCAGAACCAUAGCACCUCCGACACCGUCAAGACGCUGUACAACCAAGUUCUCGCCAACAAACGCACCCUUUUCCCAGCUCCAACCAUGGCCACCGUCGAGCACUGUCUCUGCUGCUUCGAAGCACUUGUCGCCUAUCAUGAGCGUCGCAAGCCCAUGAGCCUGUCUGAAAUCGAAAAGUCAUGGGUCGAAUACAUCAACACCGUUGACGAGAAUAACGGCGACAGCGACGAUGACGACCAAGAGGCCGAUAUCUCCAGCAAACCUCCUCAGAUCCCCGCGCUCCGUAGACUAGCCGCGGCAACUUUGCCAUCGUCGACCACCUCAUCAUCGACCUCCCUCGCCACAAGCAGCAGCAGCACCAGCGCCAGCACGAGCAGCAGCAACACGACUCUCCAGUCCGGCAUCUCCACGCCCGCAACCUCUAUCGCCUCCUCCGCCUCUCCGGCCCCGCCUACACCCGUUUACGAAUCUCCCCUUUUCGUAACCUGGAAUGUCGUCCGAGACUCGGAUGAUGACGACGUUUCCCUCCGUGGCUGCAUCGGCACUUUCGAAGCUCAGCCUCUUUCCUCCGGCUUACCCUCGUAUGCCCUGACCUCUGCUCUCCAAGACACGCGCUUUCACCCCAUCAGCCGGGCCGAGUUGCCUUCGCUGCAAGUGGCUGUGACGCUGUUGACUGACUUUGAGCCCGCGGCCGACGCCAUGGACUGGGAGCUGGGCAAGCACGGGUUGCGCAUCAGCUUUGUGUACCGCGGACGCAGGUACGGGGCGACGUACUUGCCGGAUGUGGCGCCGGAGCAAGGGUGGACCAAGGAGGAAACGGUGGUGAGCCUGAUGCGCAAGGCCGGAUGGGAAGGGAGCAAGUCGAGGUGGAGGGAGGUGGAGCUGAGGGUGGUUAGAUAUCAGGGGAAGAAGGAGAAAUUGGGGUAUGAGGAGUACAAGGCCUGGAGGGAUUGGGUGGAUGGAAAGAAGGCGGAGUGAACGUUAAGAGGAAGAGGAGGAGCUGCGUGGAUUAAUUGGGUUGCAUGGGUAAAUGAGCUGUUUUGGUCGAGGAGUUACGGUAAGGAAUACUGGUAAACCGAGGUGUUUGGCGUAGAGGCAUAAACGGAUACGAUGAAGGGAAGAAAGGCCACGCAUGUCACGUUUCUUAAAGAGGAAUGCAAGCAGAAGCACAGUACAGAAGGUUUACGGAUAUAACGAGCGGCGUCUUGGGAGUCUAGGACAUACUUGGGAAGAGGUUCAUACACCUAGAGAUAUUACUUUCAACAACCAUGCACACAGAUGGAAGAAACAGUGGCUGAUCGAGACGAAAGACGCAGUUGCAAUGACAACGAAGCAAAGCACAGCACAGCAAGAAUAGAAGUCGAGACAACAGGAUUCCUCUGAAACCCAACUAACUCGAAAAAAAUGGUUGAAUACAUCAGAAAGAGCGAUUACCUUUCACAUACUUCCCUCAUAAAGUUAAAAGAAGCACAAAUGAUCCUGCCUUACUGCAGUGCUUCGGUAAUCAACUUGAUAGAAACAGAAUUAAGUCAACUAUUGAGUAUUAC